AUGGGUCCCAUACGAAAUACUCUAAAGAACAAUGAUUUUACAUCAUCUACCAAUAUCAACUAUUCAGAAAGAGAUAAACAUGAUCUCUAUUCUCCUGCAAUCGAUAAACAACAUUCAACAGAUAAAACUCAACGAACACCAAGUAAAAUCAAUAAUAUGCCUAAUAACACCGAUGAAAAUAAUUCUGAGCAUGAUGAUUGUUUUGUAAAAUAUAAUUUUGUUUCAUCAUCUGAAGAAAAAAAUCGACGAAUAAAUGAACGAAAUCAAAAAGAAAAAACAUCUAAAACACAAAUAGAAAAAGAAGAAAAUAAAAAUGAUCAAGAUCAACCAGCAUAUUUAGUCGAAGAAAUUAAUGCUAUAACAGCACUUAUUCUUUAUGAUAUUUAUUCAAAAAAACAAAGCUUAAAAUUUAAUCCAAAAUAUCACAAUACAUCGCCAAAUUAUUUUUUUGAUAAUAUUGAUCGAUUUGAUGCUAUUUAUUCAUGUUUAAUCGAUAGAAAUUUAUCAUCACAAAAUAAAACUGUAAAAAGAUCUAAUCAUCUACAAAAUUAUUUACGUAAUCGUUUUUUUACUCUACCAAAUAUAGAUGAAUUAAAAAAUUUUGAACAAAAUGAACAAUUACGUGUUAAUAAAGAAAAACAAACAGUUCUUAAUCGAGUACCAUUUAUUCCAAAUAUUUUAUCUUAUCAACGAACAUGUCCUUAUUAUAAUCUUAGUGAAAUGAAAAAGAUUCGAGAUCAACUUAGUUAG